UGGGUGCCGCAGCUGGAAAAAAUGGCAGCUGAGACAGGGAGAUACAGGACUGCAGUUAGCAAAAACAAAGACCCUUCUGGUCUUCUUAUCUCUGUCAUAAGGACUCUGUCCAGCAGUGAUGAUGUGCAGGACAGGGAGACAGAGAAGGGUCGUCUGGAAGAGGCCUUUGAGACAUGUGACAGAGAUUUGGACGAGCAGAUCGUUCAGCAUUAUGCCGAACUUACCACCGCCAUCAGGACCUACCAGAGCAUCACAGAGCGCAUCACCAGCUCCCGCAACAAGAUCAAACAGGUGAAGGAGAACCUCCUGUCCUGUAAGAUGCUGCUGCACUGCAAAAGAGAUGAGCUGAGGAAGCUGUGGAUAGAGGGCAUCGAGCACAAGCACGUCCUGCAGCUGCUGGAUGAGAUCGAAAGCAUCAAGCAGGUGCCUCAACGGCUGGAGGCCUACAUGGCAAGCAAGCACUACCUUCAUGCCACAGAUAUGCUGGCAAUACAGAGGCGCUACCGUGCUUCUGAGACUCCCGGUGUGCACAUAUGCUCGGCAGGGGAGCUGGAGGAUGGUAUUGAGGACUAA